CGCAGAGACGCACCACUUCUUGUGCACGAACACCAUUGACUGUACUCUCCUCCUACUACCACCAUGUCCAAGAUAUUCUCACUACAGGGGCGCGGUCUGAAGCUCAACACAAAGGCUGACAUCGAGCCAUAUUUAAAGGACGUCCCUACCACGAUCGAGGAGAUCCAUUUGGGCGGCAACACGAUCGGUGUGGAAGCUGCAGAGACCCUUGCAGAGUUCCUCGCGAAGACGACACAUCUGAGGAUAGCUGACUUCGCGGACAUCUUCACCGGUCGUCUGAUCAGCGAGAUCCCGCAGGCCCUCUCCGCCCUCUGCGACGCGCUCAUCCCCAAGACCACGCUCGUCGAGCUCGACCUCUCCGACAACGCCUUCGGCGGGCGGUCCGUCGACCCCAUGGUCCCCUUCCUCACGCAGAACCGCGCCUUCCAGGCGCUCCUCCGCUCCGCCGAGCUCUCUGCAGAGAAGGGCGAGCCAUCCAACCUCCGCGUCGCGCUCGCCGCGCACGGCGGGCUCACGGAGGUGCGCAUGCCGCAGAACGGGAUCCGGAUGGCGGGUGCUGCGGCGCUCGCGCACGGGCUCGCGGGCUGCGCGGGGCUGGUUCACCUCGACCUGCAGGACAACACGUUUGGCGAGUCGGGCUCGACCGCGAUGGCGGCCGCCCUCCGCACGUGGCCCUCCCUCCGCACGCUGAACCUGAGCGACUGCGUGCUUGCGGAGGAGGGCGCGGUCUCGCCUGUGUUGGAGGCGCUCGUGCAGGGGAGCAACCCGAAGCUCGAGCUGCUGCAGCUCCAGAAUAACAACCUCGACGCGCAGAGCUUCGCGUUGCUUGCGGACGCGCUGGAGGUUCACUUGCCGGCGCUGAAGCGGAUAGAGGUGCAAUGGAAUGAGGUGGAGGAAGAAGAUGAGGGCAUUGAGACGUUGACUGGGUUGAUGAAGAAGCGCAAUGGGAAGCUCGUACUGGACGACGAUGAGGAGGAGGAGGAGGAGGAGGAGGAAGAGGAAGAAAAGGAGGAAGCAGAGGAAGAAGGGAAGGAGGCCGAGCCGGCGAAGACAGCAGAGCCUGCCAAGAAGGACGAGGCAGACGAGCUCGCAGACCUGUUCAGCAAGGUCGAAAUCAAGACUUGA